AUGGAAGUAGAACCUAACGACAACAAUACCAAUAAUAACGAUAAAAUCACGGAAGUCAAUGCCACUAUCGCUAUUAACGAUGAUAACAAGGAAAUUAAUACCACUAAGAAUAAAGAAACUUUAAAAGAAGUGGUAGAAGUAGUAACAGAGAAAAAUGACAAGUUGAAAAAAGAAAAAGCAGCCAUGAGAAAUUUUUAUGUUAUUGCUUGCGGAUAUUUGUUAUUCACCUUGACAGAUUCGGGAUUACGAAUGAUUGUCCUGUUGGAGUUAUAUCAAAGACAUUUUAAUGCACUUCAAAUAUCCCUAAUGUUCACAUUAUAUGAAUUUUUGGGAGUAAUAACGAACUUGGUGGGUGGAAUUCUCGGAUCACGACUUGGACUUCGUUUUUGUCUGUUGACUGGGCUCAUCACUCAAAUCAUCGGGAUUGGAAUUCUAUGUGGUCUACAGCGUGACUGGCCACGAACAGUCGUAAUCAUCUACAUAAUAAUCGCACAAGGAUUUAGUGGCGUAGCAAAAGACAUGGUAAAACUCGGCGGGAAGUCCGUCACAAAACUAGUGAAACACGACGACGACUUGUCAACGCAUCAAUCAGCAUUGUUUAAACUUGUCGCCUACUUGACAGGUGCGAAAAAUUCGAUAAAAGGAGCUGGAUUCUUUUUAGGAGCUUUCUUAUUGAAUUUUACCGGCUACAUAGUAGCAUUGGUAAUCAUGGCUGUUAUGAAUCUUGUGGUGAUUCCAUUCGCGUUGCUUUACUUGGACCGUACGUUGGCUGUGAGUAAGCGGCAAGAACCAUUGUCGCUUAAAGAGGUUUUCAAUAAAGGAAGAGAUGUUAAUAUUUUGUCGUUGGCGAGAAUGUUCUUAUUUGGCUCGAGAGAUUUAUGGUUUGAAGUUCCAUUGCCGGUAUUUUUACGUGGAACAAUUGGAUGGUCAUAUAUGGCAACUGGUGCAUUGCUAGCGGGCUGGAUUAUAUUUUAUGGAUUCAUACAAUCUAGCACACCACAACUAAUCCUAAAACCAGCACACUUAUACCCCAUAACAUCCGGCCGAAUUCUCGUACCACUCACCAUCAUACUCUUAAUUGUCACAAUUCUAAUCUCGCUCGCCACCACAGUUCUAUCGACCACCACACAAACCACAUUGUAUCUCGGGCUAUUAAUAACCGGUCUAUUUUUAUUUGCGUUCAUCUUCGCAGUGAAUUCGUCGGUGCACUCGUUCUUGAUUCUGGCGUAUUGUCAUCGUGAUAAGGUGGCGAUGAACGUCGGUUUCUAUUAUAUGGCGAAUGCGUGUGGACGGUUAGUCGGAUUGAUUGUCGGGGGUGUAUUGUAUCAGUAUGUUGGAUUGUAUGCAUGUUUGUGGACGAGCGCUGUGGCGUUGUUUAUUUGUUGCAUUGUGUCGUGGUUCUUGGGACCAGUGCCUGAGGAAGAAAUAAAGGGCUUAGGAGACUGA